AUGCGGCGAGCCCUUUACAGGCUCAAUGCUGGGGAGAGAGUGAUGCCCUCCACCCAUCUGGAGUCACUUUCAGUGUUCCAAAAGGUGGCGGACACCUUGAAUGAGAAGGGACACAGGAGGACAGUCAACAAAGUGAGGGUUAAAUUUAAAAGACUGAAGGCCUCAUUUUAUGAUGCGCUGGAGGACUGGGGAUGCAUCCCUCCAAUGGAGGGAAGGCCACCAUUCUUCGAUCUCCUGCACAAAUUGUGGGAGCAGGGCGGAAAGCCGGGCUGGUGCGAGCGAUUUCCACCAAGAUUCAAGAGAGUGAAGAAACGCUCCACCUACCUGGCAGAACAAGCAUCACGUGUGGAGGGGCCAAGCAGUCAUGGUGAGGAGGUUUCAGGUGUUGUCGUGGUGAGCAGCUCUGAGUCGACACUGGGGAGUGACCAGCUGGAAGAGGCAGGUGGUGAGGUGGAGGUGGAGACGGAGCUGGCAGUGGAGGAGCCAGUUGUGGUCACCUUGGGCCAGGAUUCCAAUGAUGCGAGACUCCAUGAGUACCGGCUGAAUUUCAUGCAGUGUGGGAUGCAACGUCUGCGCCAGAGAGAUCCGAGGAGACAAAUGGAUGUGUCUCUGCAUCAGCAGUGUCUGAAGUCUGGUGCAAAGUUGGAAAAGUGUGGUGGAGUUGUGAAGAGGCGGGGAGAGGGGGAUGCGAGGGGAGAGGAGGAUUGAGUGGAGAAGGUGGGGGAGGAUGAAGAAAGGGAGGAGGAGGCUUUGGCUGCUAGCAAAGUGUGCCGCGCACCAUUGGAGGGUGGGGAAAAAGGCAAGGUGGUCACCAGGCAUGGAGACAAUUCAGAGGAAGGCCAAACUACCCACUAAGAACCUGAACCCUUCCACAUGUUACAUUGUAGACCCCAAGCACUGAGUUACAGGCUUGACUGCCAACUUCUAUUUUUUUUGUCUGCACUAUGUAAAAAAAGGUGUGUAUGUGCCAAUGCCUAUCCCAACACUGUUGAUUUGUAUUUCCAGUAAAUACUUGCUUAACUUUGAA